AUGGAUAAGAGUUGGAUCAAGCUAAAUGAUUUUACUUCAAAUGAAUACGUUAAUGGAGUUAAAAAUUUCAUGCAAUUUGCUGUACAACAUGCUGGGGAGAGAAAUAAUAUGCCUUGUCCAUGUGGAGAUUGUUUAAAUCAAAGUUUGCACCCACCAUACUUGGUCAAAUUGCAUUUACUCACUAAUGGGAUAGAUAUUUUUUAUAAUGAAUGGGUGCAUCACGGUGAAAAGUCCAGUAAAAAUGUGGAAGAUCAUGAUGCUCAUCGAGAUAACGUGGAUGAGACAUUUGAAGAACAAGAGAUGUUAGAGGAUUUGAAUUUUGGGUUGCAUGAUUUUGAUGAUGAUGAAGAAGGUCCAUUCGACUAUUGUGAUGAUACUCAUGCUGGACAACCAACUCUCGUAUCAGAUGAAGAAGUCGGAAAUUUUCAGAAAUUGUUGAAAGAUACACAACGUAAGUUAUAUCCUGGUUGCUCCAAAUCAUUAUUAUCUUUCCUUGUCAAACUACUUCAUAUAAAAGUUUUGAACCGAAUGACUAAUAAAUGUUAUGACAUGAUUAUUGAUUUAUUCAAACAAUAUCUGCCAGAGGGUGAUAUUAUUCCUUCAUCAUUUUAUGAGUCAAGAAAAGUAUUGAAAGACAUUGGGUUGGGUUACGAGUUUAUUCAUGCAUGUAAAAAUGAUUGCAUUCUCUUCUGGAAAGAACACGAGAGCUUAAUUAGUUGUCCAGUAUGCAAAGAAUCUAGAUGGAAAGUAAAUGAUGGAAAAGGAAAACAAAUUCCUCAUAAAGUUUUGGGUUAUUUUCCUCUAAAGCCAAGAUUGCAAAGACUUUAUUUAUCGAGAAAGACAGCUUCUGAUAUGCGAUGGUAUAAAGAUGGAAAAAUUGACGAGGAAGGUACAAUGACCCAUCCUUCAGAUUCUGAAGCUUGGAAGGACUUAGAUAAGCAGUAUCCCUGGUUUGCUCAAGAUCCCCGAAAUGUGCGCCUUGGUCUAGCUACUGACGGAUUUAAUCCUUUCGGUAAUAUGAAUAACUCUUAUAGCAUAUGGCCUGUGAUUUUGGUGCCAUACAACCUACCACCUUGGCUAUGCAUGAAAGAACCGUAUUUUAUCAUGUCCCUAUUGAUUCCGGGUCCUAAGUCACCUGGAAGAGAUAUUGAUGUAUAUUUGCGACCAUUGAUAGAUGAUCUGAAGGAAUUGUGGGAAUCUGGAGUAAGAACAAGAGAUGCUAAAACUGGAGAGUUAUUUGUUCUGCAUGCUGCAAUUUUAUGGACAAUUAACGAUUUUCCUGCAUAUGGUGAUAUUUCUGGACAUCGAACAAAGGGAUAUUGUGCUUGUCCAAGAUGUAGUGCCGAAACUCCUUCACAGAGGCUAAGAAGUAAGAUUGGUUAUAUCGGCCACAGACGUUAUUUGCCACGUAAUCAUCCAUAUCGAAGAAGUCUUAAAUUUAAUGGUCGGGCAGAACACCGAUCAAAACCCGUGGAGCUGACCAAUGCUGAAAUUCUUAUACAACUAGAACAAGUAGAAAAUGUUGUGCUUGGAAAGCAGCCCACGGAUAAAAAACGAAAGCGCCCGUCGCAACACUUAUGCUGGAUAAAAAGAAGUAUAUUAUUUGAGUUGCCAUAUUGGUCUAACCUAAAAUUACGGCACAAUCUUGAUGUAAUGCAUAUCGAGAAGAAUAUAUGUGAUAAUGUGAUGGGAACUAUAUUAGAUAUUGAUGGUAAAACAAAGGAUACUGAGAAGGCUCGUUUAGAUUUGGAGGACAUGGGUGUAAGAAGUGAGUUACACUUAAAGCCAGUGUAA